UCAGUAGUCUCUCGAGACGUGAGUCGAGUCAGUCGACGGGUCCUCCCCAAGUAUCCAAGUGUCUCCCGUGGAUUUAUACCCCUUAAAAACCGAAAUAAACGCCGACAGAUCCCCAACCCCAAGCGAUCAACAGAAAAACUGUUGAGUAAAUUGGAUUAACAGUAAUUAAUCUUGUUUACUUAACGCCACAGGCCACAGUUGAGUGGACAAACAAUUAAUACUGAGUCAAAUUAAUUGAUUAAUUUGAUUUGCACGGAGUUUCGGAGGAGUUGAGGGGAUUAUUUUGUGGUGUUUUUUUAAAUUUUUUUAAAAACAAACAACAAUGAGCUGGCAGGAUUACGUUGACAAGCAGCUGCUCGCAUCGAGAUGCGUUACGAAGGCGGCUAUUGCCGGCCACGAUGGAAAUCUCUGGGCUAAAUCCGAGGGCUUUGACGUGAGCAAAGAGGAAUUAGCAAAGCUCGUCCAGGGUUUUGAAUCCCAGGAUAUUCUGACGUCGUCAGGUGUGACAUUAGCUGGCAACAGGUAUAUCUAUCUGUCGGGUACAGACCGUGUGAUAAGAGCCAAAUUGGGAAAAGUCGGGGUACACUGCAUGAAGACGACGCAGGCUGUUGUAGUAUCACUAUACGAGGAUCCAAUUCAACCACAGCAGGCCGCAUCGGUCGUUGAGAAGUUGGGUGACUACCUCCUCUCUUGCGGCUAUUAGUAACCUCUGGGACCCAAUUUACAAAUACCUAAUAAUAAUUAAUAAUACAGUCGAUUAUUUUAAACAAGAUAAUGAAAAAACAGCGAAUCAACAAAGCAUAACAAAUCCAAAAAAAAAAAAUCAUCAGAACAAAAACAGUACAUGAAGAGAAAAACUGGAAAAUUCAUCAGAAAAUUCUUCAUGUCAAGAUAAAUAAUAAACAAUAAGCGGAAAUGCCGCAACCCGUCGCCGCUAAACUCCUCGUGUCGAGUGUCGACGAGAGUCGUAAGAGUGAAUUUUUUUCACAUUCUGAUAGAGUGAGUGUGUGAGAGAUAUUAUAUUGAGAGAAUAUCAUCGUCAUCUGUAUUUCUACGUCACACCAUCAGAAUUAGUCACCUUCUGUCCCCUUUCUCUCUUCGAAUUCCUGAAAAUGUUUUUUUGGCAUCAACAUCUCAAUCCCCACGGCCAUUGCGAACAUUUGGCAGCUGGGGGAGGCGAGAAUCGACUGAAAGAGGCCAAACCAUAUUUUUGAAAUAUUAAAAAUCAUGAGUUUGAAAAUAAAAUGGGAAUGAGAGUUGGGUAAUUCAGGGACGAAGUGGUGGAAUUGAGAAACUGUUUUGAUUUGUGCGGAUUUAUCACUGCAAUGAGUGAGUUUAGGGGGAUUUGCCAUAAGGAAUUUUUUGUAGAGGAUUCAAUUUUCUACAAAAAGUGUCGUGACAUUUUUUUUGUGAAUUCAACCGUUAUUGAGAUAAUUAUGGUAAUUUAAUAAUUAGAGAGUGAUGAAAUUGUGAAGUGAAAUCGGGAUUUUUUUGGUAAUUGUUUAAUUAUCUCGUUAAUGAGUGGGUUUAUUGGAAAAUGUGAUUAAAUGUCUUUUGUAGAGGGUUAAAUUUCCUGCAAAAAUGUCUAGUGACUUUAUUUUGUGAAUUUCCUCGUUAUUGAGAUAAUUCAAAAAUUCGCGAGUGAUAGAAUCAUUCAAGUGAAAC